CCUGGCAGACAAAUCCAGCUCGUGCCCGCUGCGAGGGCUGGCCCGGAGCUGCUCCAUCCCUGCUGCCACGAGCUGUGCUGGCAGUGCCGCGGCUGCGGGUGGGACACAUCCUCCGAAGGCUCUGGAUCCCCUUCCAGCCCUUGCCAAGGUGUGGGUGGCUGUCCCGAGGGCGGCUCUGGGGCACAGCCCAGCCACAACAGCAGGUGCCACUUCAGAGGGCUCUUCCAGCCGCAAGAAUUCCACGGCUGGCACUCGUGUUACCUCGUGAGCUCUUGCUCCAACGGGAUCCUGGGAGGUUUGGUCCCUUCCAGGGGGUCCCGGCCCCUCGCUGCCAGGGCCACGCAGAUGCAGCCGGAGGCCAACGCGGACACGUCGGCAGAGGAGGAGAGCUUUGGGCCACAGCUCGUAUCCAGGCUGGAGCAAUGUGGUGGAAAUGCCAAGGAUGUGAAGAAGCUGCAAGAGGCUGGAUUUCACACCGUGGAGGCCGUGGCUUGUGCACCAAAGAAGGAGCUGCUGAACAUCAAAGGCAUCAGCGAAGCCAAAGCUGACCAAAUUCAGGCUGAGCCAGCCCAACCGGUUCCCGUGGGUUUGGCCACGGAAUUCCACCAGCGGAGGUCGGAGAUCAUGCAGAUCACCACUGGCUCCGAGGACCUGCACAAACUGCUUCAGGGAGGAACAGAAACAGGGUCCGUACCAGAGUGGCUCGGGGAGUUCCGUAGCGGGAAGACACAGCUCUGUCCCAGCCUGGCAGUCACCUGUCAGGUGAGUGGGUCACCUCAUUACAGUGCAAUGUUCAGACGCCCCAGCAUUUGGGAAUUUGCUAAUUUGGGCCCUUUUCUUGACUUUCUAAGUGCUUCUUGCUUUCUAGAGGUGGCUCUUUGUUACAAGCCGGUGCAGAAGGUCCAAGCCUUAGCGGGUGUACUCUUUCAUUUCAGACUUGCAGAGAUUUUAGUAUUCCAUAAAGUAUUAGAGGCUUGGACUUAAAUUUGGUCCUUUAGUUGACUCCCUAAACUUAGCAGCUCAAAGUUGAGCAUCUGCCCUCUUCUGUGCAAUCCGGGAGCGGUCUGGGUAGCAAGGGACCUUAAAGCCCAUCCACAGCGCAGCCGUGCCCUGUCUGUCUCUUUUAAGAGUUUUUGGGGCUAAGAAGGUUCUUUUGUAUUCUGCAAUCUUUAUCUAUCUCUCGAUUAAAAAGAAGAAUAGAAUAUUGAUUUGGUUUUCAUGUGUUGGUUUGAGGUGGUUAAUUAAAGCACACCAUCGCCAAGGGAGUGUGCUGAGAUGGAGCUCUGGCUGCAGGGGACUGUCAGGCCUUAGUGGCUGUGAGUUCCUGUUCUUCUCACUGGGAAACUGGAAAGAGUUAGGAAUUAGAUUGCAGAGACGUUUUCUGAAACCUUUCCCCUUCUUUCUGCCUUUUGCUGCUAGAUCUUGUCUUUGUGCCUUUGAAUGUACAGCUGUUCCUCGGUGUGGCUUCACUGGCCUGAAUUCCUUGCAGCUCCCAGCCGGGAAAACCUGGGAUAACCGAGGGAGGACAGAGGUGACAUUUAUCUCGGAAAACCUGGGGUAAUUUCUAAGGGAUGCAGCAACUGUUUUGGGGGGCAAGUGUGUUUAACCGCCUUGGCCCCACUUGUGUUUGCAGCAGCUGGGGCCAGAGGGGCGAGGCAACCCAAAGCAAACCCUGCUCAGCCUCUGAAUCCCGGGGUAAGUUCUGCAAGCUGCUAAUGGAGGGACUAAAAAGACAUUCACAUGGAACCACUAAGAAGGGGCCUGGGAAUCCCAGUAUUGUCGUCCUAGGCUUUUGACCAGCUUUCCAAGCUUUUUAUGACAGCAAUGGCUCUCUUCCUCUGGGUGAGUCCCUCGGUAAGCUUUGGGGUUUCUUUGAAUCCCUCCCGGUGGCCCUGCCACCCAUCAGGAGCUGGCAGGGCAGACUCCGAGCUCCUGGCAGGUCCAGGGGGUUUCCCCCAGAGUGGCUCCGAGUGCUGCCCACCAGCCUGGACAGGUGGCAUCUGCUUUGGCUCCUGUCUGAGGAGCCGCGGGCAGCCCUUUCUCCGUGCCCACCCCGGUGCCCGUGGCCGGGUUCCCAGCCCCGGGCUGUGUGUUUUGCAGACGAGCCGUGCCUGGCAGACAAAUCCAGCUCGUGCCCGCUGCGAGGGCUGGCCCGGAGCUGCUCCAUCCCUGCUGCCACGAGCUGUGCUGGCAGUGCCGCGGCUGCGGGUGGGAUUCCCCCAGCUCCGGACGCUCCGGAGCAGGGCA